AUAUAUGUCAGUAUCUGUAAAAAGAUUAAGAUUGACGAGUUUACUCCAAAUCAGAAAUUCCAAAAUGGCGUCUCUGAAUGACAGAUCAGUUUGGGAUGAGGUUGAGGAUGGGAUAGGUGAGGAGGUGCUCAAAAUGUCCACUGAGGAGAUCAUUCAGCGGACACGCCUCUUGGACAGUGAAAUUAAGAUAAUGAAAAGUGAGGUCUUGAGAGUUACUCAUGAGCUCCAGGCCAUGAAGGAUAAAAUCAAAGAGAACACUGAGAAGAUUAAAGUGAACAAGACACUGCCAUACCUCGUCUCCAAUGUCAUUGAGUUGUUGGAUGUAGAUCCAAAUGAUCAAGAGGAAGAUGGAGCCAAUAUUGAUCUGGAUUCCAUGAGGAAAGGCAAAUGUGCCGUGAUAAAAACAUCAACACGACAGACUUACUUCCUCCCUGUAAUUGGUUUGGUUGAUGCAGAGAAACUGAAGCCAGGAGACCUUGUGGGGGUGAACAAGGACUCGUACCUGAUCCUCGAGACCCUGCCCACGGAGUACGACUCCCGAGUGAAGGCCAUGGAGGUGGACGAGCGUCCCACUGAGCAGUACAGCGACAUCGGAGGGCUGGACAAACAGAUCCAGGAGCUGGUGGAGGCCAUAGUUUUGCCCAUGAACCACAAGGAGAAGUUUGAGAACUUGGGGAUCCAGCCUCCAAAGGGGGUGCUGAUGUACGGCCCUCCAGGAACAGGCAAGACGCUGCUGGCCAGAGCCUGUGCAGCCCAGACCAAGGCCACAUUCCUGAAGCUGGCUGGCCCACAGCUGGUCCAGAUGUUUAUUGGAGAUGGAGCCAAACUGGUGCGAGACGCUUUUGCUUUAGCCAAAGAGAAAGCUCCCUCCAUCAUCUUCAUUGACGAGCUGGAUGCCAUUGGCACCAAACGGUUUGACAGUGAGAAGGCAGGGGACCGUGAGGUUCAGAGGACUAUGCUGGAGCUUCUCAAUCAGCUCGAUGGCUUUCAGCCCAACACGCAAGUCAAGGUCAUUGCUGCCACCAACAGAGUAGACAUCCUGGACCCGGCUCUCCUGCGCUCCGGGAGGCUGGACCGCAAGAUCGAGUUCCCCAUGCCCAACGAGGAGGCCAGGGCCAGAAUCAUGCAGAUUCACUCUCGCAAGAUGAACGUUAGUCAAGAUGUAAAUUACGAGGAGCUGGCUCGAUGUACAGAUGAUUUCAAUGGGGCCCAGUGCAAGGCCGUGUGUGUGGAAGCUGGCAUGAUCGCACUGCGCAGGGGGGCCACCGAGCUCACCCACGAGGAUUACAUGGAGGGCAUUCUGGAGGUGCAAGCCAAGAAGAAGGCCAACCUGCAGUACUACGCUUGAGUGGCCUCGGAUCUGAGGUGGGGGGAGACAGGGAAGGGCUUUGGAGUGUGGGUAUUUGUGUGUGUGACUGAGCACAACCGAGACAACGAGUCUGUAUUGCAAUGUCUGGUCUUGUACUAUACAAUUCUGUUGUCUUACAAGUUACACAAGAAUUAAAGCUUUUUUUUUCCCAUUGAUGCUCGUUCGGUUGCUUUGAUCUUUCCAUGUCUGCCCACAUGCAAAGCACUACGGCUGUAAAGUAAUGAUGGAACUGGCUCCAGCCCCUUCAGUGGGUCUGGUGAUGUUUGUGGAGGCUUAAACAAAAUACAGUGAUACGUGACGAGUUUAAUAUAACUGUAAUUACAUUUUUCUUUAAAUAAAAUAAAUUUAAAAAUUGACACAAGUCUUUAGACGUUAAAAAACAAAUGUUUUCAUGCUUGGCAGUGCCAUUAUCCUCCUUAGAUGUUAAAAAUAAAAAAAAAAAUCUGGAAAGUUACAUUGGUGUCAGAUUGAAGAAAUGUAUUGGUAUAUGCCAGAAAUGUGUUGGUAUUUGUACAAAUAAUGCAUUAUACACCAUACAAAUGCAAAACACUUACACAGUUCUGUACAAAAUACUCAGGUCUAGAACUGGGAUCAACCUUAUUGAAAGUAAAUUGACUCCUGUGGCCAAAAUCGUGUGUAAAUCCUCUUGAAUUCAGAUAUAAAAUUGUGCUUUCAGCUUGUAUCUGGCUUGAACUUUCUGCCUUUUCUUACAAGCAAUUAAACUUGUAAAAGCACUCAGAAGCAAUACUUCCUCUUGCAUUUCUCCAAAGAACUAGGAAUUAACUGAAGUUAUACUUUUAUUUCUUAUGUCUCAACUUUCAUGCAUUCUGAACACAAUACUUAGUGACACUCCUACACUGAAAAUUGUUCUGUUCCAUUUCUGAGCAUUGGGAAUUGAAACUUUAAGAGGCUUUUUGCCACCUUGAACAUGAAUAGGAGGUGACGCUUAGGUUGGCAGCUCGAAUGAGAUUUUUAUUUUAGUAUUCUGAACUGUGGGAAUUCAAUGGAGUAAUUACUUUAAAAUAUACUUGCACUAUGACAAAAUGAAUUAACUGAAGAGAGGGAUAAUCACCCAUGACAAUGCUGCCUUACUCUUCACCAGUAACUUGCUUUCAGUACUUUAAUGAUGCUUGUUUUAUUUUUUAAAUGCAAGCUGAAUAGUUUGCUACUGUACUAACCAGUGUACACUGAAUACCCAUUCUUACAUUAUUGGCAAUAAUUUAAUUUGUUGUUUAAGAUUUUUUUUUACUGUUAGCCUUUCUGAAUGCAAUGACGUUUGGGAUAUAAUGUAGGGAUUUGGAAAAUGUAAACUCACCUAGACUGUUACGGCAUAAAUCUGUUUUAUUCUAUAAUAGCCCCCCUCAUUAGAGGCAGGCGAAUACUUUCUAAUCUCACGCAUUCCAAGGCUGAAGUAGCAGUCUGCCUGGCAAUCAAUGCAUUUUAUUAACACUGAGCCCCAAGUUUCUCCAUUGUAGUAUGGUGGAUAUAAAUUGUUUCCAGUUAGACUAAAAACUAAAUAUGCCUCCCCCCCCAAAAAAAAAGUCUAAAUCAGUUUACCACACCCAGUGGUGCUUACCCUUUGCAACAUUUAAAAAAGAAAAGUUAAUGACAAUCUGUUGAAAUGGUUAGUUUUUUUUGUGUUCCCUCAGUCUCUCAUUCUCGGGACAUUUUCCGUAAUGUUUUGAGGCACAACACUGAAUUGUGUAACGGUGUGCUUAUUCUCAUCUCUCAUCAAAGAGGAGGGUGAGCAAGGGACUGGCAACACGUGGGCUUGCUUUGAGUUCCAUUUGCCUCCUGUUACCUUGGCUAUCCAAUGAGAUCACUCCUAAUGUCACUGUUUAGUAAUAUUGGCUCUAAUCACCCUUAGGGGUAAAAAUCCUGACCUGGCGUAAGUUUCAACUCGUCAAAACGUCCUGUAAACAACAAUUAAAAACCGAGCCUGUGUCUACCACUGUACAAUUGUCUUUACACACAUUUUGUCAGUACAGAAUUGCUGCUUGAAAGCUGAAAGCACAUUUCCAGUUU